AGAGUAUGGGUUAUCCUACCUUUCUCUGAGAGCUAGCAUUGGACUGUGGACUGCAAUCCUGUGCAUCAUCCUUGUUGCAACUGAUGCAAGCUCCCUAGUCUGUUAUAUUACACGGUUUACUGAAGAAGCUUUUGCUUCUCUUAUCUGCAUCAUUUUCAUUUAUGAGGCCUUAGAGAAGCUGUUUCAUCUCAGUGAGACAUAUCCAAUCAACAUGCAUAAUGAUUUGGAUCUGCUGACAACAUACUCAUGCAAUUGUGUGGAACCAGAAUAUCCUAGCAAUAAAACCUUACGAUACUGGCAGGACUACAAUAUAUCUGCAUCUGAUGUACCAUGGGGGAACCUAACUGUGUCAGAAUGUAAAAAGUUUCAUGGAGAGUUUGUUGGACGAGCCUGUGGUCAUCAUGGCCCUUAUGUUCCAGAUGUCCUCUUCUGGUCUGUCAUCUUAUUCUUUUCUACAGUAACAUUGUCAUCCACACUGAAGCAGUUCAAAACUAGCCGAUACUUCCCCACAAAGGUACGAUCUGUUGUCAGCGAUUUUGCUGUCUUUCUCACUAUUUUGUCCAUGGUUUUAAUUGACUAUGCCAUUGGGAUUCCAUCACCAAAGCUUCAGGUUCCAAAUGCUUUUAAGCCCACCAGAGAUGAUCGUGGCUGGUUUAUUACUCCUUUGGGACCUAAUCCUUGGUGGACAGUGAUAGCUGCAGUAAUUCCAGCCCUGCUUUGUACUAUCCUUAUCUUUAUGGACCAGCAGAUCACAGCUGUCAUUAUCAAUAGAAAAGAACACAAACUAAAGAAAGGAUGUGGAUACCAUCUCGACCUACUCAUGGUGGCAGUCAUGCUUGGAGUGUGCUCUAUUAUGGGAUUGCCGUGGUUUGUUGCAGCCACUGUCCUCUCUAUUUCCCAUGUGAAUAGCCUAAAACUGGAAUCAGAGUGCUCCGCUCCAGGGGAGCAGCCAAAAUUUCUUGGAAUCCGGGAGCAAAGAGUCACAGGGCUCAUGAUUUUUAUCCUUAUGGGCUCAUCUGUCUUUUUGACAAGUAUCCUGAAGUUUAUUCCUAUGCCAGUACUUUAUGGAGUAUUUCUUUACAUGGGUGCUUCAUCUCUAAAGGGAAUUCAGCUUUUUGACAGGAUAAAGUUAUUCUGGAUGCCAGCAAAGCAUCAGCCGGAUUUUAUUUAUCUGAGGCAUGUUCCUCUUAGAAAGGUCCAUCUCUUCACUGUAAUUCAGCUGAGCUGUCUUGUGCUUCUGUGGAUUAUAAAGGUUUCAAGAGCUGCCAUUGUCUUUCCUAUGAUGGUUCUAGCUUUGGUAUUUGUCCGAAAACUCAUGGAUUUCUUUUUUACUAAGCGGGAGCUCAGUUGGUUAGACGAUUUGAUGCCUGAGAGCAAGAAAAAGAAACUGGAAGAUGCUGAGAAGGAGGAAGAGCAAAGUAUGUUAGCAAUGGAAGAGGAAGGGACUGUUCAGUUACCACUAGAAGGACAUUACAGAGAUGACCCAUCUGUGAUAAACAUUUCUGAUGAAAUGGCAAAAACUGCUGUGUGGAAGACACUGCUGAUAUCCUCAGAGAAUGCAAAAGAUAAGGAGUCAAGCUUUCCUUCUAAAAGUGCUGAAAUCAGAAAAGAGAAGAAAGCUGACUCAGGGAAACGUGUUGAUCGGGAGACUUGUCUAUGA